AAAUUAGAUGUACAACUCGAAGUCAUUUUGAGUUUAUUAAUUGAUUGCUGGUUGGUUCGUGAAGUUGAUUGGUUAUCUCGAAAUAUCGCACUUGCGCUUAAUAUCGAUAAUAUUGUACCAAUGGCUGUGUUGGUUUCUAAUUCGAUUAGCCAAUCAGAAAGCUUUUAUGAGCGCCCUCUAUAUAACAAAGUAUCGAGUCUAGCGGAGACACGUGUGCGAGCCGGAAAGAGCCAUUUCCUUUGGAAACUCGGAGAAGUAGAGGUCGUGAGCCAGCGUGGCCGGUGUGCCUGCGCACUGUACAAUAUAUACUGCCAUGAUGGCGGCUAUAUUAUUUUUCUUGAUGAUAUCAAUUCUAUCUGCUACCUGUACGGUAACAGAAACUGUACCGUCAGUCAUUUCUUACUUAUCAGAAAAUGAUAAAAUACGUUUGAAAAAUGUCAUUGACCCUGGUUUAAAUCUACAAGAUGUAACUUCAACUUAUUAUAGUGUAUAUGGAUAUAAAUUUCUUCAAGAAACUAUACCUAAUAAAGAAAAAAUUUGUAAUUAUCUAUCAAAAUCUAUUGGAGAUGGUAACAAUGUUAUACCUGAAACGGCUUUUUAUAUUGUAUCAAUGUGGAAAAUUAUCGAUACAUGUCAAGGUUUACCAAUACCUGCAAUUACAAAGGCUUUGAUGAAUACUAUUGAAAAAGAUACAUCAACAUUUGCUGAAUUAUAUUUUGCUGUAAAUACUUUAACACUAUUAUCACAAAAAUUAACUACUGAAAAAUCCGAGAAAUUAGCUAAAACAUUACAAGUAGCUCUUAGAAAAGAUGAAAGUCUGUGGAAUCUUGGAUAUACUUUCCACAUUGCUUCUGAUCUUGGGCCUGUGGGUACAUUUGCUUUUGAUCGUAUCGAAGAUGCUAUCAUUCAAGCAGAUGAAGUGAAUGGACAGUUUUUGCAAUUUGAAGGUGGAUUAUCUAUAACAAGCUUUCUUGUAAAUGGUAUUUUUAAGCUUAGUAGUUCAUUAAAGAAAAGACCACCUUUGACAUCUCCACAAAUUGUUAAGCUAACAAAUUAUCUUUUGUCAAGACGAUCUGUCCAAACUCCCAAAGGAGUUGUAAGCCUUUUCUCAGCAUUAAAUACAUUAGGAGUAAACAAAUAUGAAACAUUAGUUUGUAUUACACUACCUGAAGAAGGAGUUAUUGUUUCAAGCAAACAACCACUUGUUACCAUUAAAGUUUGUGAUAUUUUUGGUAAACCAUUGCCAACAGUACCUAAAGUAAUUGCAAAUUCUGCUACAAAAGUAGAAGAUGAUACUGCUAUUAUUAAUAAAGAAACAUUACAAUCUUCAACAGCAGACAAGACGUUAUUUACAAUGGAUUUUAUGAAAGCUAAACCAGAUCGUGGAUUUUAUAAAAUAUCAGUAUCAGCAGCAUCUGUUACUAAUACUAUUAAAAUUAAAGUUCUUUCUGAAGUAAUCGUUGAUUAUUUAGAAAUAGGAACAGGAGAUGCUGAUCAAACUACACAACCAAAAUUAGCAAGAGUUACAUAUCCUGAAAAAUUAAAUCAUAAGAUAGAGGCAGAUUCUCAACAAAAAUUAGUUGUAAGAUUUUUGUUGAAAGAUUCAGCUAACAAAAAACCAAUGCGCGUUCACCAAGCAUUUAUUCGUUUGUCACCUGCCUUUGUUACUAAUACUUAUAAUGACAAUGAAAUCACGUUUGUAGCCGAACCAGAUAAUGCUCAUGUUUAUAAAUUUGAUAUGCCAUUAGCAGUGGCAGCAAUAAACUUCGGAUAUCGCAGCGGUGAUUAUAACAUUGAGUUAGUUAUUGGCGAUGCUAUAUUAAGUAAUUCUUUUGAGUGGACCAUUGCUACAGUAAAUUUGAAAUUCCCUGAUGCCGUUGCUACUGAAUCAAAUGAAAAAAAUGCUUUUUUCAAACAAAAAGCAGAUAUAUAUACAACAAAACCAGAAAUAAAGCAUAUGUUCCGAGAACCGGAGAAGAGGCCACCAGCUUUUGUAUCCAAUUUAUUUACCGGUCUAUGCUUAGCACCUGCCUUUUUAUUAAUCAUUUUGUGGGCAAAACUCGGUGUCAAUAUAUCUAAUUUCCCCUUGUCUAUUAGUGCUAUUACAUUUCAUCUUGGAUUGGGAGGUAUCUUUUUACUGUUCGGAAUCUUCUGGUUAAAAUUAAACAUGUUUGUGACGUUGCGUUAUCUUUUGGGACUUGGCGUAGUUACAUUCCUUGCUGGUAACAAAUUGUUGUCGAAUAUUGCCCACAAACAUAAAUUAUCGCACUGAAUUAUAAACGGAGGUUCCUUAUGCGCGCAAGUGAUACAUUAUUAUUAUAAAUUCAUUUUAUAAUAAUGAAAGUUGUAAACAAGUACGUUAUAAAAAAGAAGUAUGUGUACAUUGAAAUAUACGUUACUAAACUAACGUUCAUUUUUAUAGGUCGAAAGUAACGUUAUCGCUGUUUCGAUGUCGAUGCAAGUGAUAUAUUUGUUGAAUAUCACUUUAUUAUAUAAUUUAAUAAACUAUUUAAAUACGUAAUACGGUAAUUCUCAAGUACUUUAUUUUAGAAUGUUAUAAUUUUUCUACGUAUUCAUUUGUACAUAAAGACUUAAUAAAUGAAAUUACAAUUUA